GCGCCCCCCGAAUGCGCCAUUAGCCUGUGACAUUAGCUGAAGACGAAGACGAAAGCUAGCUCGCUCGCUGCUCACCGGAGGCUUCACUAAAGAAGCCUGCGCUCGCCUAAAGGACGACCUAAAUAUCAAAAUUUGAGCGAUUUUACCGAAAAGCAAGCCAUUUUGUGCUCGUAAAGGGUCGCGGUGAGUAUUUUGUUACCAGCUAUUUUUCAUUUUUCCUUCCUUUUUCUUUUCUUUUUGGAUUUUUUUUUCAGCGAUGCUUUUUCGAUUUUGCCGAGCUAGACGCUAGUCGCCCUCAUCCUCCUGCUGCUCCCCAGAUUAAAAAAAACACUGGUUGUGGUUUGAACGACAAAAACAAUUUUGGAGGCACCCUAGCUGCAAUCUCUUCCAGUUUUGCAAGUUGGCCGAGGUUGAUUUUUGUGGCAGUUGUUGGGGAAACAUACCUUUGACUGGACUGAUGCGUUUUUGGCACGCUUUUCAGACGACGACACCCCCACCCCCUCUUCCACUCAGACACACGGCUAGGCUAAACUAGCCCCAGUUAGUCCGUCUGGUUUGCUAGUUUUACAUCCCCUUCAUUAUUACCGAUCACACGACGCAGAGCUUUGCCGGUUUUGCUAUUUUUGGUGGAUAUUAUGAUGAUUGCUGCGCAUUUUUAGCUCCUUGGCUAAAAUUAGCCACGCUAUCCUUAGCCUAGCAGUGGCUAGGCUAACCUCUGCGCUAUAGGAGCAUUUGAUUCACUUGGAAACCUGUUGGUGACGCUAUUGGGGCAUGUUUGAUGGGUUAAAAAUCUCACGCGCGAGCGAGAAAAGAGGGGCGAAAAGGUGAAGGUUCGAGACCCCAGGCCAAAGUGAGCCCCAGCCCACAGUGUCAGACAGAACAGACGACUGCCCUGCACACAGACGCUAUGGACCGUUCGCCCACCACCGCUAGCCUGAUGGCCGCCAGCAACGUCACAAACAAGACAGACCCGCGCUCGCUCAACUCGCGGGUGUUCAUCGGCAACCUCAACACCCUGCUGGUGACCAAGGCCGAUGUGGAGGCCAUCUUCGCUAAAUACGGCAAGAUCGUGGGCUGCUCCGUGCACAAGGGCUACGCCUUCGUGCAAUACGCCAACGAGCGCAACGCCCGCUCUGCCGUAGCCGGGGAGGACGGGCGGAUGAUUGUCGGCCAAGUGCUUGACAUAAACCUUGCCGGUGAGCCUAAACCGCACCGUUCCAAAACCAGCAAACGUUCAGCUGGUGACAUGUACAGGCAAGUUUCAAAAGUACCCCCCAAAUCCCACGCCCUUCUCCCAUACAGCAGUUCAUCAUUUGAAUUGGACUACGACUUCCAGAGAGACUACUAUGAUAGAAUGUACUCGUACCCGUCCCGCGUGCCCGCCCCGCCUCCCCCGCUUUCUCGCGCCGUUAUCCCGUCCAAGCGCCCGCGGGUCAGCCUCAGUAGCGGCGGCGGCGGUGGCGGUGGAGGAGGUGGCGGAAGCAGCCGGCGGACCAAGAGCAGCUUCUCCUCAUCCUCCAAGAGCAGCCAGAGGACCUACUCAUCUCGAAGCAUAAAAAUUGAUGAGCUGCAGACCAUCAAGCGCGAGUUGACUCAAAUAAAGAGCAAAGUGGAUGAUCUCCUGGACAGCUUGGAGCGCAUGGAGAAGGACCACAGCAAGAAGACGGAUUCCAAAGCCGUUCAGCCCGAGCCUGGUGAGGUGACCUCCCCGCCUCACCCUAGCAACAAGAAGGAUGAGGCCCUGAAGCGGGAGCGGGACAGCCAGGAGCUUAACGACACUGACGAGGAGGAGGAAGAAGAAGAAGAGGAGGAGGAGGAGGAGGAGGAGGAAGAAGAAGAGGAGGGAGACCUCCUGGAAGAAGAGGAGGAGCCGAAGAGCCAAGAGGCGGAGGAGGAGGAUGAAGAGGAGGAAGGCGAGCACGUGGAAGGAGAUGAUGACGGCGACAGCAUCAACGGAGAAGAUGACUCGUAGGCCGCCGCCCAACCGCACCGCACCUCACCUCACCGUGGUGUUAAGCUACUAGUAGGAACUUGGACUUCAGUUUUAUCACACACAAUGUGGAUUUGACAACAAUAAUGACUAAAAAAAAAACAGACGUGCACGGAAACGAGCAUGGCAGGCACACACACACGCACACACAGUUAUUGUGUUCAUUUGUGGCUGCUGUGACUUGCUGUGUAGCUUCAUUUUAACACGUACCAACUGGCAAGCCACGUGUGUGCGCACACUUGUCGUUUUUCUUUUUAGCUCUUGUAGGCGCGUCGGUUUGCCUCCCUCGUCAUCCGGCUGUCUGUUGUUUUUGACCCCAUUGUGUGUCCGUUUAUUUUUAUACUCUUCACCUUCUGUUUUACUGUAAAGGAAUAAAUUGCAAUAAAAUAUAAAAAUGA